UUGUAAACAAUAAUAAAGAAAAAGUGGAGAAACAAUUAGAAAUCAUGUUUUAUUAAUAUUAUUAUGAUAGUUUACCAGUUUUUUCUCGAGUUCGGAAUAUUUUUCUUUAAUAAAAACAAAUGUGUCAUUUUAUUUAACAAGUGCUGACAACGUUAAAAAAAGGAAAACAUAUGUUUUAAGAUCGUGUAGACGUUUUCUGUCAAAAUAACGUGUUUUGUUUACUAGUUUAAAGUACCGUUAAAAUUGGGAGGUUUUUUUUGUCCCUCUUCUCUUGAAAAUUGGCGAAAAAUGAGAAGUUGAAUGAGAAAAUUCGUGAUAAAAUUAGCAAAAAAUUAAACAGUGAAUAGUGAAAAUAAUAGGAAUUAAUUUAUCGUUCUUGAAAUUUUCUCAAUUUUGGAUUAAUUCAAAUGAGAAUUUUUAUUUCUACUUGCGAUCAUUAUCAACUGAAAGAAGAAAAGGGGAGCGAUGAGGAGGUCAAAUCAGGAUGGACAAAAAGAGAAUGAAAGUGUGUCGAAGAAGAAAAUAUAAAAUUUUGGCCUAAUGUCUGUAUGGUCGACGAGCACUGGACGAAAUUCAGUAUUUGGUGCGGAGGGUGGACCGCCCCCCUCCACACACCUUUCAAUUCAUCCCCAACCACUCACUCACUUGCACAGCAGCACCGGUCACUGUUUCCACAAAAGAUUUCACAACUGUCAGUCUAAAAUGUCACAGUCUGGAGAUGGCCUUCAUACUCCGGGAUAUCUUGCUUGGAGGAAACUUCAGCUCAGUCGAGCGAAACUCAAGGCCUCGAGUAAAACUUCAGCACUUCUCUCUGGUUUUGCCAUGGUCGCCAUGGUUGAGGUGCAGUUGAAUUCAGACACAAAAGUACCAAAAGAAAUGCUGAUCGCCUUUGCAGUUUGCACAACACUUCUCGUUGCAGUUCACAUGCUGGCGCUGAUGAUCUCCACCUGUAUUCUCCCCAAUAUUGAGGCAGUUUGCAAUCUUCACAGUAUAAGUCUCGUUCAUGAAUCGCCACACGAACGUCUUCAUUGGUACAUUGAGGUCGCUUGGGCCUUUUCAACACUUCUCGGUCUAUUAUUAUUUCUCCUCGAAAUCGCCAUUCUCUGUUGGGUGAAAUUCUACGAUUUUUCCGAGGUGGCCGCAUGGUCCGCUUGCAUUGUCCUCAUUCCAGUUUUAAUAAUAUUCCUCGCGUUCGCCGUUCAUUUUUAUCGAAGUCUCGUCACACAUAAGUACGAGGUGACUGUUUCCGGUAUCAGGGAACUCGAAUUGCUCAAAGAACAAAUCGAGUCGUCGGACGCUGAGGGCGGAAGAAACGGUGUUAAUGCACUUCAAGGUAGUACCCACAUUGUUUGAUAAUUGUUUAUUAUUAUUUUUUUUUUUUUUGAAAUUUUUAACACUAUUUUUGAAGACUGUAUUGAUUCCAGUGAGAGGGGAAAUACCCUCAAGUGAAUAUUUUUCCCUUUUUUCGAAUUCAAAUAAAGCGACUGCUCGUUUCGCUGAAAAUUAUUCGAGUCGAGAAUCUCUGUAUAUAGAAAAGUUUCUACAACAUUCCUUAAAGUGCAUAGGGACUUAAAUAUUGUAUCGAAUCUCUAUUUUAUUAUCGUUUUAUUUCAUUUUAUUUCAUUUUAUCAGUUUUUUUGUCCUUUUUAUCUCUUUGUCGAGGUUAUAUUCACAGUGUCAAGUUUUAUCCAAUUGUGAACGUAGCCUUAAAUUCUCGGAAGCUUCUGAAAACUUAAUGGUACUUUUACAAGCAAGUUCUACUUCUACCUCUUUGUAGUUGUUUUUUCAGUUGUGAACAUAGCCUUAAAUUUUCGGAAGUUUCUGAAAACUUAAUGGUACUUCUACAAUCAAUUUCUUUUUUGGUCAAAAUCGAAUAGAAGCCAGCGGACAUUCAAAAACGUAGAACGUAAAUCGUAAAACGUAGUAUUUACCCAAGAGAGAAAAGGAUUCUUUUCUGUCUCGUGUAAAUUUUACGAUUUCAAUCUUUGGGAUUCAUUCACCGUUGGCCCGAUGGCAAAAACGAAAAUAUUGUCGAAGCACCUUAAAAGAAUCUCAAUAAAGGCUGAUUAUCUUCUCACUUUGUGGAAAAUGAACUAGUCUUUAUGUUUUUUUUUCUAUCGAAUUGAGUUUUAUUUUUACCUAUUUUUUCACACUCUAUUUUGAUGAUAAUAAUUAAUUAAUACGAAUUAAUAAUUUAUAUUAGUUAUUAAUUAAUAGUUUUUAUAUUAAUUAUUAUUAAUUAGAUAUUAUUAUUCUCAUUAUUAUUAUUAUUGGCUAGGAAAGAAAAAUUGAUAGUUAUUAAUUAUUAAUUGUAAUAAUAAAAAACAUCAACUGCCAAAAUUGACUGCUACCUGAAAAUAAUAGAAAAAAAAUUGUUUAUACUUUAUUUUCGAAAAAGUGUAUAAUUGUAAUUUAUAAAAUUCAUAUUAGGAUAAUAUUAAUUUUUGUAGCAGUAUUAUUAUAGAGCAUGACAUUUAUAUUUAAUAAUUGUUUAAAAAUUAAUUUAAUGAAUAAAAAAACAGGAAACUGGAGAAAAUGUGUUUUUAUGUCCCUAAAGCUUCAAUUUUUGUACAUAUAAUUCCCUCAUUAUGCAAAUGAAAAAAAGGAAUUUAAGAAAAAAAAAUAUCAAGUCCUAAAAAAGGCAACAAGAAUUGAAAGAGAAAAAUUUUGGCAUAAGUUAAUAAACAAAAAAUUAGUUUAGUUUAUUUACGGUAUAAUACACCUUUUUUUACAAAAUCAUCGGAGAUACAAAAGAUAUUCUCUUCAUCCUGGGAAAAGUGAUUUCUUAUUUGAAGAGGAUACAAAAAAUCCAAUUAGAAUAAAGGAAUUGAAAAAGACAUCAUUUUAAGUUAGGCAUAGAAAGGUAUUCAAUUAUAAAUAUUGAUAUUUAUGGCAAAUUCGAUGCUCAUGAAGUCAAUUUUUUAAGAGUAAACUAUGAAAUAAAUAAAAGUAAUAAUUAAAAUUAAAUAAAGUUUUAAGAAAAAUUUUACAUUAUACGUGCGAUUUACAUGAAAAUCACACAGCACCGAGAAUUUGUUGAAACUUGACAGAAAAUCGCUCAGUUUACAUAAGUAGACGAAAUUUUAAUAAUUAGUCAAAUGUUGCAUGCAAUUUUGAUACAAUAUUACCUAAACAUGUCAAGUUAUUAUUUUCAGUAAACAUUUUGCUCAAGUUUUGAUGAUGAAAUAAUUUUUAAUACCUUUCUAUUUAAACCUUUGAUACCGUGGGUUCUCAUAAUGAGCAUUUAGUUGAUUCACAAUGUUGAUCAUUUUUUCUUCUUUUGAUAUUGUUCCAUUGGAUUCAACCGUCAUAAAAAUUACUGUCUGAUUCCCAAUGGUUUCUUUAAAUUUUUCAGUUCGUUUAUAUUUUUCAUUAGAAACUACAAAAUGUGACUUGACUUCAUUCUUGAAAAAUUGAUAAACAUCUGCUACUCCACAACGAUUAUUUAUUUUUAUUUUGAAAAAAAAUAAUAUUCCUGUACCAGUAGAAUCAUUUAAUGCGUUUGAUAGUGUAAGAUUACGAUUUUCACUGCAUGGUGCAUUUAAUUUUAAAGUUAUAAACUGUCUUGUAUAUUUGUAAAUGCUAGAAGGCUUAUCGUUCAUAUAGAAAGCCAGAUAGAGUAAAAUUGAUUCUUUAUUCAAUUCCUCAUCACAUUGUCUAAGAGCCACUCUCAAAAGUGAAACUUUCAAAUUCUCUGACACAUGAUUAGCGCCAUAUCCAAUUCUAAAAAAAUCUUCAAAUCGAAGUUUGUUUUGAAAAUAAUUUAAAUCUGUGCUGUAUUUAUCAUAAUAGUAAUAAAAAUUGGACUUGUAGUGUGCACUCCUUUUUUCACUCAAAGUCCAGUAAUAUUUAUCUUCGUUAUAUUGAAAAUAAAACUUUGAUUCAUAUAGAACAUCAUUUACGUAUUUGUUAUCAAUUUUCCAGGGUGAAUAAACGUCCAAAAUCGUCGUGUCAUUUGAAUAAUUUUCAGACAGUUGUUGAUAUGUUGGAAAAUUGAGGUUGUAAGUAUAUACAGACAAUAGGUAAUUUUUCAACAUAUUCACAGCUUCAGCAAAUGUUUUCAUUGGAACAUUUGACGAGAUGAAUUCUGCAGCUCUUUUAAUAGCAUUCAUCCUUCUGGAAUUUCUUGUAUUAGAAAGUUCUCUGUUUUUUGUAGUUUUAAUAAUAUUAAACCACGAAAUAGUCGAUAAAUCUUGUCUUUCCAGAUCAACAAUUAAAAAAAAUCUAUUUUCAAUUACCUCAUACCUCGUGUCUGUGACUGUAAAAUUAACGUGUGGAAACAGUAUGUACAGAUUGUGAAUGUUGUACUGAUUCAGAUCAACAAAACCGUUAAGUGAUUCACUUGUUAUG